UCACAUCUCUCUGAUUUAUCACAUCGUCGCAUCUUCUCCCCCAAACUCCCCCCUCCCGGCUGGCUCGGACAGGAAAUCCGCGCUGUUGACAUCUCGCAGAGGGAUCUGCCUCCUCACUGAUGCUGCAAAGAGAGCCCCCCCCCCCCAUCUGCUCUUAUCUCUUAUCGCCGUCUCUUUUGUCUCCCCCCCGCGCGCGCAGCUGGCUGUCGGUGGCAUAAACGGGCGUGCUUGAUGGCUGCUGCGCUCACUGGACCCGAGUGAAUUCUUUUGAUUUUUUUAUUUAAAAACUCCCCUCUUCUCCCUCCUCCUCAUCGUCUUGAUCUGCUUCUGAAAUUGAACAAGCGACGAUGACAGACCCGAUCAACACCCAGGAGCCCGACCCUGUCCCGGAGCCCACGGUUGUGGAUCCGUGCCCGGCCACAGUGCGGAACUGGAACGGCCAGUGCGCCGCCGAUGGCAUCAGCGACCACCAGCAGCAGCAAGCCAAGACCCCCACGGAGCCCGGCUCCUUCACCGUCAACCAGGAGAUGAAGAUCACCGACAGUGCGGAUGGAGAGGGUCUUCUUGAGAGCAGCAUGCGUCUGAAACCCCACGAGGCACAAGACUACAGGAAGAAAGCUCUCUGGGUUUCUUGGAUCUCCAUAGUGGUCACACUCAUACUGGCAGUGGCAGCUUUCACGGUAUCGUUCAUGCGUCACAGUGCGUCAGCCUUCGGAUUUGCGUUUGAUGCCACUCUGGACGUCAUGUCAUCUGCCAUCGUUCUUUGGCGCUAUAGCAACGCAGCCGCUGUGCACUCCGCGCACAGAGAGUACAUAGCGUGCGUCAUUCUGGGGGUUGUGUUUGUCCUGUCCUCCAUGUGCAUCCUGGGAAAGGCCAUUCACGAUCUGGCAACAAGGAUGCCACCUGAAGUGGAUAACUUCCUCUUCAGCGUAUCCAUAGUGAGCGGCCUCGUGUGUGCCGUACUGGCUGUGGCCAAGUUUAUGCUGGGAAGAAGGCUGACCAGUCGAGCCCUCAUCACUGAUGGGUUUAACUCUCUGGUCGGAGCCAUCAUGGGUUUCUCCAUUCUCAUAAGUGCUGAGGUCUUCCACCAACACCCUGAUGUCUGGUUUCUGGACGGCACAAUUGGAGUUCUUAUGGGUCUCAUCAUUCUGGCUUAUGGGGUCAAGCUCCUGAAGGACAUGGUUCCCCGCGUGAGGCAGACAAGAAACUACGAACGCUUUGAAUAAAUGACCUGGAGGUUGAUGAGGAGCCUUGAACCAUUUUACGCUCUUCCGUUUUUUUUGGGUUUUUUUGUGUGUGUGUUCAGAUGCACAAGCUCAUGUACUGUGUGGAUCCAUAUGUGCUGAAAAUACUGUAGGUCAUGCAUUUACACAAACAUAUGGCUGAGAGACUUUGGGGUUAAUCCAAGACCAAUUUCUUCCUCCGUUUGGUUUUCAAAGAACAUUAAAUGAAAGUCAAACCACAGAAAGUUAGUGCUGAAUGAAUGUAAAAAGUCUCAAGAAGUGAUUUAAAUUUGUUCAGGAGACAAAAAGCAAUAAGACUUGAAAAACCUCCAACAUUUUCCUCAAGUUUUCACUGAAUUCUGCUAAUGUGGUCAAAAUAACAGCGAUAUCAAACUGAACCUCCCACUUUCUUUAUAGCUACACGUCUGCAAGUGUUGGUUGCAGGUUCUCUACAGUAUUCGCUUCUUUAAAAGUCACUGUUAUGACUUUGUGCUUCUUAUCAACCAAUAAUCAAUAAAUACUUUAUUGUCCCGUGAGGGAAAUUUGUCUUGGGCUGACGAGCCCACAGCUACAACAUAAGGAAAACAACAGAAUAAACAUGCACAAUAAGACGACACCCACUAAAGUAACAACCAGAGACACUUGCUCUAGACCGUUUACAGUUUGUUCAGCAGUUUUAUGGCUAAUGGAACGAACGAGUUCUUAUAUCUGUUGGUUUUAUAUUUGGCUGCUCUGAAGCGUCGUCCGGCUGGUAAUAAUUCAAAGUCAGAAAACAGAAUCUGAGAUGGAUCGCUGAUAAUUUUAAGAAUUAGACGUGUCACAGAACACUCAUAAAUUUGCUGCAAAGAUGGAAUUUCGCGUGUACCUUUGACCUUCAUAGCUGUUUUCACCAUGUUACUGAUUUUUAUCUCAGAAGUACCUCAGGUUUUGUCGAGUAUUCGUAGGCUAAUUUAAGUUGCACGCACUUAUGGCGUGAUGCUACAGGUGAUGUUGCUGUACGGUGCCCCUGUGCCACACCCUUAGUCGUUAGUAAGGUGCAAGGACUGGUCCCUUACUGACCACGUGCGAAUGCGGCACGAGACUUGUAAGUGCCCGUGGGACGCAAAUACAUUGCUCAUUGUUCAUUGGCAACAGUCCAGCUGCGCAGACUUUUCACGUAAAUAGUAUUAACGGGCCCCUUGGGCAGGAUUUGGGGGUUAAAACAAAUAAAAUUUCCGUCCAACAUGCCUGCAUAGGUUCCUUACAACCUGUCAGCCGCAGCACGCCCGUAAAAAUAAAUGUGAAGGAACAUUUUGUUCGUUCCCCGUACAGUUUUGCCCACUUUCCCCCCCACAGACAGCCCGUCUCCACCCGUGACAGCAGUUGUGACCAAGGCUCUAGGCGACCCCAAGUACAGUUUUGAACUCUCCAUCAUUAAAAGAGGCUCUUUAGCUCAAAAAAACUUGAUUCCUUCAACAUGAAACCGUAAGGAGCCAUUUUAUUUAUUUAUUCAAUUAUUUUUGUGUGUUUUUUUUUUUUUUACAAAUUUUAACCACAGUUGCUUAAGGGAACCAGAGGAAAUAACGGUUCUCAGAGAACUUCACCAGCACAACUCUGUAGCCCACUUCAUUUGUCAGACUGUGAGGGAGAGGAGAUAAAAUUCGACUGAAACAAGCAGUACGCCAGAAGAGCCGACUCCGCAAACUCAGCUUCCUGUUAGCAUCAGCACAGAGCUAGCUGCGUCUUGACCCCGAAAAUCUAGAUUAAAAUUAUUUAGAAUUUUUUUACAAAGAAGAAAAAUAUGGAUCCCAAAUUGUCAUCAUGUUUGAUGACUCUAAAGGCACAAAUUUCUAUUUUUACACUGCAGGCUCUGAUACUUGUGGUGGAACAUAGCAAAACUCUCUUUCCAUCGCCUCAUAAAAAUUAAUUGACUUAUUUUAAGUAAAAUGAUAAAAGCUGAGAAUAUCAGUUCAGGUUUGCGAAAAAGUGCAGAAAUGUUAGAUUUAAGUUUAAUGUUUUUUGGAAAACAAAUGAAUAAGAGAUCAAAAUUUCCCAAGUACUGUUGCAUUUGUUUCAACGCUUAACUAAUUAGUUAUCAGUCAAUUGUCAUUUCCUGGUCAACUCAUUGCUUUUCUAGAACAUUCCCACUUAAGAGUUUCAUGGUAAAGAAAUGGUUCAUAAGGUAUGAAAAAAACUGUGAAAGAUUAACCUAGAAAUUAGAAUUUAUUAUUAUUUUUUUUUAACGUUGCAAAUAAUUCUUUGUUAGAAAUCGCACAACAAAAUAACCGGUGCACAACUGUUAACACUCAUUGGCUUCAACUGAGUUUUAUUUAACAACUUCAAACUCACUGCCAAUAAAAGUAGCCUAAUCAGUUAGUAAUCAGGACAGUUAGGUAAAUAAAUGCUAAAAAAAAAACUUGUUUUCAAGCAGAAUCCGAAAUCCUUCCCUACCCAAACAGCUCCUCCUUAUCCCUACAUUUAUCCCUCCAAACGGAGGGUUAUGGAAAAAUAGUGUUUUAAAAUCCAGACAUUUCUACCACUCGAUGACGUCAUGAAUAGUCACCAGUCGCUCACGAUAGCGCGUAGCUGCAAGCCCUUGAAAAAUACACAUAACAUCAAUUUGAUUACUUUAGGGAGUCGUGCAUAAACAAGAAGUCAAUACUUACAUUUAAAUGUAAACUCCUGUGCUUCAGAGCACUCCCAGGUGAAGAAAUGUCUUACCCUACCGGCAGAGGAAUACCCAGCUCUCCGUCACUAUGACAAGUUCGGACGCCACUACAGCUCCAAAUCCCUCUACAAUUGGAACAAUAGGGAGGAGCCAGAGGGGUAGAGAUUGAAUUUGGAUUUGGCCUUAUUGCUAGCUCACCGCUACCUUUUUGAAUUAUUGAACAUUAUACAUUUAUUAGUUUGAUGUAGUUUCAUGUAGUUUCUCACCUGUAUAGCAAUAACACAUUGUUUUUCUUGAACUUGCGCUACCAAUAACUGCUUUUUAACUUCAAGGUUAGUAGUCACCUUUUUCUCAGUGAGGUCUUUCUCCAAUAUGUUAAGCAUUUUCAACAUUUAGUGUUAUAUUUAACAACUUUAUUUUAAUCUUUUGCAAAUACCUCAUGUGUUUUUUUGUUUUAAAUAAAUUAUCUUUGUUUGAUCACACAGAAUUCGUAUACUUAAAUAUUACCAGACAACCCCGCUCCAGAUGAACUGUAGUUUAGCUUUUAUAAAGGAUGGGCUCCCAGAUCGUCUUGUCUGUGUUCACACCGAUUCAUUUUUUACAGGUUUUCAUUGUUUGUGACAUUGUAAUGAAUCCAACAGAUGUGUUUAGUACUUGAAAUAUGUUGGUUUCAUUUCUAGCCGCCUCCAUUUUUGUCCUCAGUUUGAGACAUUGAAGCUCAUAAAUCAGCUUGUGUGAAUUUGUCCAGAUGCGGAGUUUAACUCUGCGUCUGCUCGCUGGUGUGUUAUCUCGAUCUUGUGCAUGUCUCCUUUGGUAUUAAUUAAGAAAUUGAAUGUAAAUUCAAAGUGCACUGUCUGUAAAUAUAUUUAGCACACUGUUUGGGAGUAUAGACAACGUAUAGUUAAAGUACAGAGUGAUUAAUGUUACAUAUACUUACAAUGUUUACUCUGUAGCGUGCAUAUACUGUAAAUGUUGUUUUACAUUUGCUUUACAUUACAGGUGAAAUGAAAGUUUUACUGUAAGGUUUUGCACUGUAGCUGAAUCAUUUGGAUUGGAUGUCUGUGUGAUCUGACAGAGCUGCCCAAGGUUCAGCUUUGCACUUGUAUUUUAUCAGCCAAAAACAUGAGAAUCCCCAGAUUUUUUGAAGCGUUUAGGAUGAUUUAAUGAAUUUGAGUAAUUAUGGAGCAAAUGGACUCAAACCUGUGGUUACAUGUACAGCAAUCUAUGACAUCACGUCAGGAACGUUUGCUGCAAAAUUUGAAAAACACUUGCUGGUUUGUGAAUCUGUGAAGAAAGUGAACCCCCUUGUGGCUGCAAACGUUAUGGCAGCCGUGUUAAAUAAUACACAAAUCCUGAGAGGGACCGUCUAUAUUUAUCCGUGUGAAGACAGUUACCGAUCCUUGGGCAGUGACUGUGCAGAGGCCUGCAUCUCCUCUGCACUCUAUCCGCUCUGUUCCAGCAGUGUGCUGGACGUGUGACGCUGUUGCUGGCAGAUUUUAUUCUUUUUUUCUUUAUUUCUAGCUCUGUUGUGAAGAAAAAGACGUGGUUUAGCUGUAAAAUGAAGGUGUGAAUCUGUUCGCACCCUUUCAACUCACCAACAGCACACUGAUUUGUAUAACUCUCCCUGCCCCCCACCUCUUUACUGCAUAGAAGACAAUCUUUACAGCGACUUUUUUCCAAGCGAAGCACAGUGUUUGCACAUGAAGCUGCAAAUGAAGGCACAAAGGAAACUCAUGUUACCAGCACCAUUCCGACCUGUAGCCGUACGGCAAAAAGGUCACGCUGCACAAACUAGCAAUUUAUUUCAGCAAUGUUUUCAACUAAAUCACAUCUCAGACUGUUUUUGACUCGUUUCAGCUUUAAUUAAGAUUUUAUUUUUUGUAUUCCAGUGCUUGUUACACCCAAACAUAAGCUUCUAGAGCAAAGGAGGCGUGUUGUUGGAAUCUCUUUUAUAAGCAUACGGAAACAGAUACAUUCUCACUGUAUAUUCAUCAAUGAGGGGUGCUGGUUGUGACAAAAGGACUUAGCCUCACCUCCACUGCUUUACCAAAACCCUAUAAAUUAGUACCAACUGUGUUGCUGUGCUUUGCAUGGGCUUGUAGGAACCUCUACAGUAUCAACAAUUACAGAUGCAUAGCAGCCACACACGCAAACAAAUGACUAUUUAAAAGAUUAUUUGUCUGUUUGUACAGUGAUGGUAAAUAGUGGUAUUAAAGAUGAUGUACUAAAUGCACUAUUUAUGUAAAAGAACAAUAUUGAAAUAUCUUUUUUUGUGAAUAAAAAGUUAUUUUCUUUGAUUCAGUAAUUAAAGUUUUUUCCUGGUUAAUCAUU